AUGAAUUCGGAGGACUUGCUCAACAAUUGUAGCCGCCUCCGAAUUCAUCCAUUGCAUCGAAUUCGUCCACCAUUCACCGGUGAUGUCGCAACCAGCCGGUCACUGUCCACCAAUACUUCCACCUCCCGCCUCCAUCAGUGUCGUGAGUUCUCCAUUACCACCGAUGAAAUCGAUUUUCUUUUUUCUCAAAAUUUUAUUUUUUUAGAUUCUAAUCGGAAGUCACAGGUUAAUCAAAUCGUUAAGAGUUUCGGUCUCAAUAUUGAAAUCGAUUUGGAAGUUCUGGAAUCGGAAUUUGAAAACGGUAAUCAUUCAGAAGCAAAAACGAAACUGAAAUUGGAAUCGGAGCUUGCAAGCAUUCGAACAAUCUCAUCGAAUCGUUCAGAAUUUGGAUGUCAUCGGAACGCUGGGCAGUGUUCAUUCGAUGGCAAACUUGAUUUUGACUUUUACAAGUCAACAACGUGUUUUAUCAGAUUAAAUGAAGAAGAUGAUUCCAUUUACAAUUUCAGCCCUCGAAAGUUACAAAGAUUGGCAGAAUUAUCCCUGUUUCUAAAUCCUUUACUAAUCCAUGGUUUUAACCAUUCAGGGCAUCUCAUGUUUACAAUCAACGCCAACAACCGGAUUUUGAUCAGAACCGACAGUUCCGAACGCAAGGAUAGCUACCACAAUAUUAUGGACAAUUUUGGCGACUUAUGGUUCUGA